UAUCCAAGUUGUCUUUCUACUCAGUUGUCAAAAUUAGGUUUUCGAGUUUCGCCUUUGCUGCAUCACUUUGUUAUCAAUAAUAUUAUUUUGGUGUGCUGGUUUCCUUGUAACAUCGGAUUUUGAAUAAUCUUCUGAAUAUAUUUGUGCUUAUUUAUAAUAAAUCAACAAUAUCUUCAUGGCUAAUGAUCGAGAGGUUCUUCGUGAAAUAUGGGACGGCAAGUUGCCGAUUUGUUUUCAAUUAGCACAAGAAGAAAUAAUGGAAAUACAACAACCCGAUGCGUUUUAUGUUAUGGUCCCAAGAUUGAGCUAUUUUCCACUUGUAACAGAUAAGAUGAAAAGACACUUCUUGCGUUACAUUUCCCAAGAAAACUCUGAUAGUGAAAUGUGGUUGGAUUAUAAUGGUCAGCCCCUCAAAUGGCACUACCCAAUAGGCUUUCUCUAUGAUCUGUAUUGUGGUAACGACCCUCAACUACCGUGGCAUCUAACUGUGCACUUCACUAAGUUCCCAGAAGACGUCCUACUUCAUUGUACAAACAAGGAUGUUGUAGAAGCACAUUUUAUGUCAACUGUGAAGGAGGCUGAUGUUCUAAAACACAGAGGCCAAGUCAUGUCCACAAUGCAGAAGAAAGACCACAAUCAAUUAUGGCUUGGUUUACAAAAUGACAAAUUCGAUCAAUUUUGGGCUAUAAAUAGACGACUGAUGGAAUCCCAUGGAGACAGUGAAGGUUUCAAACACAUUCCUAUUAAAUUAUACUCAGAUGAUGGAACAUGCAGUCAGCGCCUUGUUAGUCCUAAGAACAAUGAUGGCAGUAGGAAAACAUUGCAACAAAUGAUUGCUGAAUUGUAUCCAGAUAAACUUGAUGUGCAACUAAGGACACAUGGGAUAGUAAUCCCAACUGAUACACCUCUACAAUGGCUUUCUGAACAUUUGAGUUAUCCAGAUAACUUUCUUCAUAUGUGUGUCUUUUAAGAAACUUAAUUAUAUGCUUUUAUCCUAAGCCAUAAGAUAAAGUGUGAUUUCAUGUAAAGCAAUUAAAUCAAAGACGUAGUAGUAAUGAAUGGUUUUAUUGCCAAAUAGUCACAUUUAGUGAAUAUAAAACAACAUUUAGAGAGAGAGAACAGUCCUUACUUAAUACUCCUCGCAAAUAAACUUAAGUUUUUAUUUACAUCAUCAUUAGUUUAUAAAUUAAUAGAAUAUUCAGGUUAACAUCAAGAUUCCCAAGAGUAUAGCAACUUCAUUGUUAACAAAAUAAAUAAUAAUACAUGAUCUUUUCUUUUUAUCUAAAUAAAACACUGUCAACAAAUAGAAUUUGUAUCAUUAUAAACAGAUGUGAUGUUUUGUAAAACUUAACAAACCAAAUGUUCUUAAAAAUGCUUCUGUAUUAUUAUUAUCAUUUUACGAAAUACAACUACUUUGUACAAAAAGGUUUAAAGCUAAAUAAAUUAACAAAUAUCAGUUGAAAAUAUCACAAGGUUACCUCUGUUGUUUAAGUUGUUUAUAACUCUGUCUUCUGUUUAUUCUUUUGUAUUACAUAAGGAAUGUGUCUUGUAAACCGCUUGCAUCCAUUAUUUGCAAAUAUUGGCUGGUCUUCAUUAGGGCCAUAUGUUAUAACUGAUAAAGCUUCCCUGUAAUAGAUGUGUAAAGAUUUAAAUUUUAAACUAUUUUACUAAGCACUUAAAUGUACAUAAGUAAAUAAUGUAUUUAAUUUAGA